AUGCACCGAAUUAAUAUACUGCCGAUAUAUGGAACAUUUGAUUUUGGAAUCUGUCUGCUGGAAUCCGGAUGGCCCAAAAUGAACUUAGGAACGAACGUGAAUUUUAUGAGAAAAGUAUUUAUAGUGGGAAGCCAACAGUGUAAGAAUGCUUUGGGUGAAAUUGUCAUCACGCAUCUGCUAACCACGCAAGAACUUUCUAGUGCACCACUGCAAAUCGAAUCGAAGACAACAGUGCUAAAUACUUUCCUCAAAUGUCAAGAGUGUGAUAAAAGUUUCAACGAAAAUUUGCAACGGAAGAGUAUUCAUAAAAUGUGA